AUAAGUAAUUAACAUUCCUCGCUACGCAUGUGUUAUUCUGGGUUGGACUUGAAGGGGGCAGUAGUGAGUUUUGAAAACUCGGGCCAGCCGUCCAGCAAAGGAAGAGACUCAAGACAUGUGAUGACUUUGGUAUGACAUUGAUGUAAGGAAGGUGUAGCCGAGAUGAACACAUUACGAACAACAUUUUUGCGCUUUACGGGGAUACCGAGUUUGUGUUGGAGUAAUGGUCCUCACUCUACCAUGUUCAGCUGCAGUCAGCUACGGUCUGUCAGUUCCUUGGUUCUGUCAAGGACAGGAGCAGAGCGGAAACCUGUCCUACAAGCAACCCUGAACACCAAAGCAGAGGGAGCUUGCGUUUUCCAGCAGCCAUCCUGGCACUAUCAACAAGUCCGCACAGUCAAACGUGGGACAGAAUAUCAGCCGAAGAACAUCAAACGAAAGAGGACCCAUGGGUGGAUCAAAAGAAUAAGCAGUCCUGGUGGGAUCGAAGUCAUCCUACGCCGAAUGCUCAAAGGGCGGAAGUCCCUCACACAUUGAGACUCUGACCGGACAGUUGCUUUGAUAGACCUUUGAAGUGAAUCUCAGUUGAAUGUCAGCUGUGCAGUAGAGCUUUUGAGUUUCUAUUGAAAAUAGUUGUCAAAUUAAAGCAAUUCAUGCACAAUGACUCCAAUAGACUUCAUUGGAUGUUUUUUAUUUUUAUUCAGUUUGAUGGAUCUCAUCCUCCUUUAUACUUCCAGUUGAGCAUAUUCUUGUCAAAGUUUUGCUGUAUGUAGUGUUACACUCAGAUCAGAGCAUUUACGGUUAGAUUUUAGAAAAACAUGAGCAUACAUACACAGGUGCAUCUCAAUAAAUUAGAAUGUUGUGGAAAAGUUUAUUUCAGUAAUUCAACUCAAUUUGUUUAAUCUGCACACAGAUUGUCUUUGGUUCUUUUAAUUGUAAUGAUUUUGUCUCACAUUUACUGAAAAAAAUGACUUUUCCAAGACUCUAAUUUAUUGAGAUGCUCCUGUAAGUAAUCAGAAUGGGAAAAAGGGGUAUAGGUGAGAAGAUAAAAAAAAAAAAAAAACAUA